AUGGUCAUUCCCAUUUCUGUAUUCGUUUCCACUAUCACAAUGGCCCUUGCUGCUUCUGUUCGUACCAAGCCGAAGGGUCCAGUAAAGCCCGACUCGUACAUUGUUGUGCUGAAACCUGGCGAAGAUAUGGAACAUCAUAUCGAAGGUAUCACUCGGAUAUCCGCCCGGAACCCUGGGUCAGAAUUUUCAAUCAAUCACCGGUAUGAAAUGCUGAAUGCCUACUCUGCACAUGUAACUGGAGCAUCCCUUUCUCGAAUUUUGAGUCGCCCCGAAGUUGAAUAUGUCGAAGCUGACGCCAUAGUUUCCAUUUACGAUGGCCUCCAUGAAAUGAAUGAGGGGCUUGUGACAGAGUUCAACGAUGUCCCAGCCGAAAUAAGGGAUGACCCAGGCGAACUCCGAGGACGCGCCUCUGGGAAGCCAGUGGAGAUUAUUGUGAUAGAUGGCGGUGUCGCUCUUUACCACUCCUGGUUUCUAAACGAGGACGGGUCGACCCGUGUAGUUGGAGGUGCUGCCGUUGGUGAUGGUAACGCUUUGGUAGAUCUCAACGGUCAUGGCACAAUGGUGGCCGGGAGAGCAGUGGGGAACAUCUAUGGUGUGACGACCGAGGCCACCGUUUUUUCGAUCAAGGUUUUCUCCGAUUCAGGCACAGCACUGACGACCACGGUAAUAGAAGGCAUCAAGCUCGCUCUCGAUCGAUUUGGAAUCACUAAAUCCCAUUCCAUCGUAAUAUUAUCCUUCGCCACCGAGUUCGGUUCCAUUCUUGAUAAGGUUGUCAAUUAUGCCGUCGGGAUGGGUUUACACGUUGUAGUCCCUGCAGGGGACCACAGCAAGAACGUAAAAAAUAGUGUCAGUCCUGCUACCGCCAAGAACGCUAUCACCGUUGGAGCUCUUGAAAGCUGUGGUCCGACUCGGCUUGCAUCAUUUUCCAACUAUGGACCUUCGGUUGGCUUUUAUGCCGAUGGCACCGGUAUUAGGGUUCCUGAGAUCAGCAGCUCGACGGCGUGGAAGAUUGAGAGUGGCACUGCGCUGUCAGCUGCAUUUGUUGCGGGUGCGAUAGCCGAAUGGUUACGUCGCCAGAAUGAUCUGGUGCGGCCUACUCAGCUAAAGUACGACUUAAGGCGCCAUGGUAUCCAGGACGUUCGGGAUCCAACUGGAAAAAAGAAGUGGAGGGUAGUACUCUUCUAA